UUGAAGUUGAAUUUAUGAGACUUGUUAAAUUCUACUUGAGAAUCACACGAAUAACAGAGGAUGGCGGCGUCAGACGUAGAGAUAAGAGCGGCGGAGGACGAACUCCGGCGAGGGUUCCAGACACUGGAGGUUGUCCAGAAGGACCCGGCGGUUCCGGUCUAUCACAUCUACCUGAACCGCGCUGCCCAACGGAACGCCCUCACAGUCCCCUUUUUCUCCGAACUACCACGCGCCCUCUCCCUCCUCUCCGUCCUCCCCUCUGCUCGAGCCCUUGUCCUCGCUGCACGUGGACCCCACUUCUGCUCCGGCAUCGACCUCGAAGCCCUCCGAUCUCUCACUCCCUCCCCCUCCCCUUCCCCUUCCCCUUCCCCAGCCGCCGCCGCCGAUCUCCUUCGCGGACGUAUCCUGUCUUUACAGGCUGCCAUCUCCUCCCUCGAGCGUUUCCGCAAACCCGUCGUAGCCGCAAUCCAGGGAGCAUGCGUCGGCGGAGGCGUCGACCUCGCUGCCGCCUGCGACAUCCGAUACUGUUCUGACGAUGCCUUUUUCGUCGUCAAAGAGGUCGACCUUGCCCUUGCCGCUGAUCUCGGGUCUCUUCAACGCCUGCCGCACAUAAUUGGCUAUGGCAACGCUGUUGACCUUGCGCUAACCUGCCGGAGGGUCUCAGCUUCGGAGGCCAAGGCAAUAGGUCUCGUCUCUAGGGUUUUCCCCUCACCUUCGGCGCUCGAGGAGGGUGUCGACCAGCUUGCCAAAGGGUUGGCAGAGAAGUCGUCGGUGGCGGUGAUGGGAACGAAGGCGGUGCUUCUGAAGAGCCGGGAUCAGAAGGUGGAUGAGGGACUUGAUUACGUUGCCACCUGGAACUCAGCCAUGCUCAUGUCUCCAGACCUGGAGGAGGCUGUAGCAGCCCACAUUCAGAAGCGUAAGCCUAACUUCUCCAAACUAUGAUUUUUUAUUUAAUGCGCUCAUAAUUCAUAAGAGUUUCAACUCUUUAAUCUAUAAUGGCGGUAAACAAUAAAUCCCUCUACGUGGGGGCUGUAAGAAGAUGUGUUGUUUAAGUUUAGAAGAUAUAUUCAUAAGUUAUUUUAUGAAGUAAUCGUUUUAGAAAA